UUAUUUAGUUCUCACAAUACUCUGCGAGGUAGGUGCUUUUAUUCCCAUUUUACAGAUGAGCAAGCAGGCCCAGAGAAGUUAAGCGACUUGCGCACAUCACGCAGCUAGUAGGUGGUGAAGUCGAGAUUUGAAUUCAGACAGCCAAGAUCCAGAAAUUGUGGUGCUCCCGGCAACUGCUACGCUUCAAGAGUUAAAGUCUGCGAAAGUGCUUGUGUAAAGGGCCCCAGCAUGAAUUCUAACCAUGGCCUUGGUUCUGCAGCUGCUGCCGCUGUUGCUGUGGAGGGCCCAGGGGAACCCCGGGGCUUCACUGGACGGCCACCCCGGGGACCGGGUGAAUCUCUCCUGCGUAGGGGUCUCGCAACCCACCCGCUGGGUCUGGGCACCUAGAUUCCCGGCCUGCAAAGGCCUGUCCAAAGGACGCCGCGCGAUCUUGUUGGCCUCACCGAGCGGGACCCCCACCGUGUCUCCCGUCCAGCCCUUUGCUGGCCGCCUACGUGCCCUGGACCUUGAUAUCCGGCGGCUGGAGCUGCUCCUGAGCGCGGGGGACUCGGGCACCUUUAUCUGCAAGGGCCGCCAAGAGAACGAGAGCCGUACGGAGCUUCACGUGCUGGGGGACCGGGCCUACUGCAGAGCUCCGGGGCCUACCCACGGGUCCGUGUAUCCCCAGAUUCUAAUCCCGCUUUUGGGCGCUGGGCUGGUGCUGGGACUCGGAGUAUUGGGCUGGGCCUGUUGGCUGCGCAGGCGCUCGCCCCUUCACCCGCCUCGACCACCCCCCAGAUUUGUUCCACUCGUGAAAGCGGGGCCCCAGAGGCCAGGAGAGGAGGAAGAGCCCAAGAUUGCAGGGGACCUGGACCAGGAGCCGAGCCUGCUCUACGCAGACCUGGAUCAUAUGGCCCUCAGAAGAUCCUGCCGACUGUCCCCAAUGGUCCCUGCUGAUUCCUCCACCACCUAUGCGGUUGUAGUUCGAAAGGAAGCCCUUACUACCUCACAAGCUGGGGGCUCCCAGCUCUCCAUAACACCCCUCCCCUUCUUGGCCCUUCACCUGGAAAAGGAAGGCACCAUGGGAUAGAAAUGAGCACUAGACUGGGAGUCAGGAGACGGAGGAUCCAGGCUAUCUCUGCUGCUGAUCUUGGUCCUUCCUUACCCCCAUCUCUCACACAGCUUUCAGGUCUCCUUCACCACUGAUGUCCUUUCUAAACCUGAUCAAGCCCUGUCUCCCUAUCUUAAGACAUCAACAACUCCUAGAUUUUUGCCCUAUCUCUUCCCUUCUCUCCACAGUCAAGCUCUUUGAACCAAGGGCCUACACCUUUCUCUUCCAUUUUUUUCUUCACUCCACUCCCACUGCUCACGUGCUCUCCAUGAGAUUGCCAGUGAUGUCCUAAUAACCACACCCACUAGACAUUUAUUAGCAUUCAUCUGG